CUGCGCCCAUGAAACCCUCAUUCUAAAAUGCCAUACAAUUACUGGAACCAGGAUUCCGAGUUGUAUAAACAAGUCGAGGGAUCGCUAGCAGAGUACCUGCAAGGACCCGUCAGCGAUGAAGCAUUGUCGACCUCUCAACCUCAGCAAAACCACUGGUACCAUGUACCAGAGAAACAGCCUGAACCGCAUGCGGCUGACAGUGUGCUUAUUUGCGAGUGGAAUGCUUGCGGUUAUGCCGUGCAUGCAAGCGGGAUUGCAGAGCAUAUGUCAUCUAAACAUCUUGAGGCACCCAAGCACGGUGAAACACUUUUGGCAUGUCGAUGGAAGGGCUGCCAACUCCAAAGGCCCAUACGUAGAGACACGCUCAUCCGCCAUAUCCGUGAGAUGCACUUCGGUAUGAAGUCUCGUCGCAAGCUCCGGGUGGCUUCUGGUGUUGGAUCGCAUAAAAACGCACAACCGACGGGGCCUUCAACUGCCAUCUAGUAUAUGUCUCCUGCUCUAGGUUGCAUCACUCAUAGUGCUUUCUGUGUACCGGGCUGUGAUUCAUAUAUAUAUAAACUGGUAUGAUUUUUUGUGUGGUCAUUGUUUUUUGCCCGCUGAGGCCGUGCAUGAUCGACAUCCACGAAGGUCUACAGUCCAGCAGUUGUAAAUGCAAUGGAAUACACUUCAGACGGGGGUACCCAUACAUGUGACUAGUAUGCUACACACCAGGCGAGAGUACACAUUUUAUCAUGAGAGAGAGAAC